UAAUUUUCUGUUAAAUUUACAUAAUCUUCUGGUUAAAUAGGCAACAGGCCUAUUUUUUAAUUUGCCUUCGUCAUCACGAAUUUUGACCCUCUUUUUUGCAUUGAAUGGAAAAGGAAGGCCCCAGGUGGUGCCAUCAAAAGUCAACAGUCCCAAAAAAGAACUGGCGGCAUUGCCGGAGGGAAUGAACGAAGGAAAAAGCCAAAAUAUCUCUUCGGAAGUGGUAGCCAUUCUUCCAAUACUUCCCUUGCCUUUUGAAGAAGAAGGAGAAAUUAUUUUAAAUAACCAAACUUCCUUGGAAAAUAAUAACUUAAUUGAAUUUACGGCAACCGGUGUGGAUCGCAAUCCUUACGCUUUGGUAUUGGCAUUAGUUCCUGUUUUGACUAUUUUUGGUAAUUCAAUGGUAAUACUUGCCGUUAGAAAAGAGAAAUCACUUCAAUCUGUCACCAAUUAUUUAAUUGUUUCAUUAGCCUCUGCCGAUUUGUUAGUUGCCCUCUGUGUUAUGUUUUUUGCUGUUUAUUAUGAAUGGAAUUCAUUUGUUUGGGAUUUGGGACCUUCUCUUUGUAAUUUAUAUAUUGGUGCUGAUGUUGCUUGCUCAACCGCUUCAAUUCUUAAUUUACUUGCUAUUUCAAUUGAUAGGUAUAUAGCUAUUUCUCACCCCCUUGCUUAUUGCCAAAUUGGUGCUAACAGUUCUCGGGCUUGUUUGUCGAUAGCCCUUGUUUGGGCUGUCUCAAUUGCAGUUGCUGUGCCUGUUGCUUUUGGUGCUAACCACAUUGAACAAGAACAUGACUGUUCAUUUACCAAUCCAGUUUUUAUGAUUGGAAGUUCAAUUUUUUCAUUUUUUGUUCCUUGUUUGGCAAUGAUUGCCCUCUACGCCGUUAUUUUUAGAAGACUUAGAGAAAGGGAAAAAGCUCGGGAUUUAAGAAGAAAAAGGCAAACAUCUGGCACAGAAGGUGCUCUUGUUUUGAAUGCUUUAAUGGGUGGUGCUAGAAUGGCGAGGCAAAUAAAUAAAUAUUUAAAAAUAAAUAUUCGAAAAAUUCUAGGCAAAUUGCAAAAAGUCAUUUAAAGGACCAACUUUUAUUAGAGCUUAGUGUACAAACUUCUUC